AUGUCCUCUCUGCGACCUUCUAGCCGCAACGACUUCGAGAUCGCUAUCAUCUGCGCGUUACCGCUCGAGUAUGACGCAGUUUCCUACAUCUUUGACGAAUUUUGGGACGAAACUGGUGAUCAGUACGGACGAGCAGAGGGAGAUCCCAACAACUAUACGACUGGCCGGUUGGGCAAAUACAACGUCGUUCUGGCCCUCUUGCCGCACAUGGGCAAGACCAACGCGGCUAGCGCGGCAGCCAGUAUGCGAUCGAGCUAUGGCGGCUUGCGGCUAGCCCUCCUUGUCGGAGUGUGUGGUGGUAUGCCUCACGGCCAACAUAGCGAUAUCUUGCUAGGUGACGUGAUCAUCAGUAAGACUGUUUUUCAGUACGAUUUUGGCAGGCAUUACUCGGACAAAUUCGUAUGCAAGAACACCGUCGAGGAUAAUCUUGGCCGGCUAAAUAAAGACAUCCGCAACCUAGUCGCCACUUUCGAGACCGAUCGGGGCCUCGACCAACUCAAACAACGGACUGCCCAUUUUCUUCAGCAGCUCCAGGCCAACGCCGCCCAGACUGGUCGUCAGAGCAAGUAUAACUACCCUGGAAUAGCGGAAGACAAGCUAUUCGAGCCGACCUACCGCCACAAGCACCAUGUAUCGCCGACCUGUAUUUGCCGCGAUUGCUUCAAUGACUCAGACCCCGUUUGCGAUAGGGCGCUCAGUUCGUCAUGCGCGGAACUCCGAUGCGACGACGAACGUCUUGUCGAGAGGAAACGGCUCCAGGCAAACCGGCAGUUAGAAAAUGACAGGAGCGAUGCGACUCCGCAGCCUGCGGUGCAUGUGGGAGCCGUCGCGUCUGGAGAUAAGGUGAUGAAGUCGGCAGCGGACCGGGACAGGCUCUCAAGAGAAGCAGAUGUGAUUGCGUUCGAGAUGGAGGGCGCUGGGGUCUGGGAUGAAGUGCCCUGUAUCGUGGUCAAGGGAGUUUGCGACUAUGCUGAUAGUCACAAGCACAAAGGAUGGCAGAAUUUUGCAGCGGCGACAGCGGCAUGUGCAUCCAAGGCAAUUCUAGAACGCUACACCCGAACUGACAAGGUUUGA